GAAGGAGAAGGAGACAGGCUGGAUCGAGUGCGCCGGUGUGUCAUGGAUUUGAGGUGCUGGGGGACGACCCUGUGUGGAAUAGCUGGGAGCCCUGCAUCAGGAUCCGAGUGGGUGCACAGAGCCUAAUCCCAGAAUGCCCUCCGUGUCCCUGAGCAUGCCGUCCGCAUUGGCCGGUCGGGCCCGCACCUGGGUCUGCCUCUCCUGCAUGUUCUGGCCGGAGGAGUUCGAAGCGGUCCACUCUCACACCUUCCGGCUGAAGACGUUCAAGAAGGCCAAGAACUGCGGGGUGUGCAAGCAGGUGGUCAGCAAGGAGGGACUCGUCUGCCGAGUGUGCCGGUUGACAUGCCAUAAGAAAUGCGAAGUGAAGGUUUCUGCAUCCUGUGUUCCUUCAGCAAACUAUGAGCUGCCUCCCAGUAAUGACCUCCCCUUGAAGCAUGUAGAGACCCCGGGCUCAACAAAAUCCUCCAAAAUUAUGGAGUCCCGACGAAGACCAUCACGGAGCUUGAGUCUCAUCCAGGCCAUGGAGGAGAACUAUGACGUGGACCUGGUCUACAUUACCGAACGCAUCAUCUCGGUGACCUUCCCCAGCAGUGCUGAGGAGCAGAGCUACAGCGCUAACCUGAAGGAGGUGGCCACAAUGCUGAGGUCCAAGCAUGGAGAACACUACCUGCUCUUCAACCUCAGUGAGAAAAGAUAUGACAUUAGCAAGCUGAACCCAAAAGUGCUGGACUUUGGCUGGCCUGACCACCAUGCUCCGGCCCUGGAUAAGAUCUGCAGCAUCUGCAAGGCCAUGGACACCUGGCUGAAUGCGGACCCACACAACGUAGUGGUGCUGCACAACAAGGGGAACCGUGGGAGGACCGGUGUGGUGGUAGCAGCCUACAUGCACUACAGCAACAUAUCAGCCAGUGCAGACCAGGCCCUGGACAGGUUUGCCAUGAAGCGAUUCUAUGAAGACAAAGUGCUUCCUGUGGGUCAGCCCUCGCAGAAAAGGUAUAUACAAUACUUCAGUGGCCUUCUGUCUGGCCACAUCAAGAUCAACAACAAGCCCUUGUUCCUGCACCAUGUCAUUAUGCAUGGAAUCCCAAACUUCGAGUCCCAAGGAGGUUGCCGUCCCUUCCUGAAGAUCUACCAAGCAAUGCAGCCUGUCUACACAUCUGGGAUCUAUAAUGUCCAAGGAGACAGUCACACCAGCAUCUGCAUCACCAUUGAACCCGGCCUGCUGUUGAAGGGGGACAUUCUGCUCAAGUGCUAUCACAAGCGCUUCCGCAGCCCCAGCAGGGAUGUGAUAUUCCGAGUGCAGUUCCAUACCUGUGCCGUGCACGAUCUAGGCAUCGUCUUCGGAAAGGACGAGCUCGAUGAGACCUUCAGGGAUGAGCGAUUCCCAGAAUAUGGAAAAGUGGAGUUUGUCUUCUCUUUUGGGCCAGAGAAAAUCCAAGGGAUGGACCAUCUGGAGAAUGGCCCCAGUGUCUCAGUGGACUACAACACCCAGGACCCACUGAUUCGCUGGGACUCAUAUGAGAAUUUCAACCAGCGUUGCGAGGACAACAUGGAGGACGUCGUUCACACUCAAGGUCCUCUUGACGGAAGUCUCUACGCUAAGGUUCGCAAAAAAGAGUCAAUUGAAGGAGGUGUCACUGCCAACGGUCUCCCUGCUGCUGACCACACCCUCACUGCUGUCGAUCACACCCUCCCUGCUGUUGACCAUGCCCUCUCUGUGAGCAGUGACUCAGGGAACUCCACUGCCUCCAUUAAGACUGACCGUACAGAUGAGCCGACACAACAGCCGACCCAGGUGAGCCAGCCUUCUGCGCAGUCACUGAGCCCUGAGGAGAAGAAAGGGCUUGACCAGCUGCUCAGUGGUUUGGAGACCCCCAUGCACCGCCAAGGGGGCUACCUGGCCGCGACAACUUCCACUGGUGGAGGGGGAGGAGGAGCAGGGGGAGGAGUACGUCACCUGGUGCCUGCUCAGGUCCAUGUGAACGGGCAAAACAGUGUAGAGAGGGAGACAGACAUCCUAGACGACGAAUUACCCAACAGCCAAGAAGCCAACAGUGUGGACAGCCUGGGCACGCUCUCCUCAUUUGAGGGCAGGGCCACUCCCGCUGAGCUUUACUAUCAACCCGAAAUGGUCGUCAACGGGCAGGAUGGCCCAUACUUGGAGCGGGGCCUCCCCAGCAAGGCCCCGGAGGUGCCAAUGCACACCAUGCGUAGUUCCUCCUCUGCACAGGAGCGCAUUGCAGACCCCAGUUCAACCCAUACUGGGCAUGGUACCCACAAUGGUGGCAUCUAUCGCUCUCAGUCCUUUGGUGCCACUCCAGCUGCAGAGCCAGGCCCAAAGCUAAUGCCCCUGGCACCCACCCGCAGCACCAGCAGCCGGGAGGCGGUGCAAAGGGGUCUCAAUGUGUGGCAGCAGUAUGGUGUACCUGAGGAGCCAAUGGUGGAUGGUGCCCGUUUCUGCCCUGGAAUGCAGACCAACAGUCUGCCUGAGUUCCCUAACAUGGCUUCCCAGCGUGAGAUUGAGCAGUCCAUCGAGGCCCUCAACAUGCUCAUGCUAGACCUGGACCCGGCACUCACGCAAAUUCCCAAGUCCUACAGUGCCCCUCUGGCCCCAGGUGAUGGCACUGUUGUCACCACUCAGCCCUCUCUGGCACAGUCUGUCAUCAGGCCAUCAUACCAGGCUGACUCCAUCCUGCACAGCUGCCCAUCUGGCCCCUCCACCAGCUUUGGCCAGGUACCCCAGAGGUCCUCCCCUCUCCACCCACGCAUGUCACCCGUGCAGGCCACCCCUACAGAGCCACCUACUGUGUUCAGCUCCCAGAGGCCCACUGCCAUCUACCAGUCCACCCCAGCCUACCCAGCAGAGCCACCAGGAUCUCUUAGCUAUGGGCAGCCCAAGCCUGUACCUGUCCCACUGACAAGUCCCAAUAUUCCGGCCUACUCCAGUGAGCCCUCUUCCAGCUUCGGGCAGCUACAGCUAAGGCCUCUUAACACAUACCCAAACAGUAGUGUAUCCUACUCCCCAGAGGCCCCCGACUCUUCCUCCUACCCAGGGAUUCAGGGACGCUACAAUGCCACGUCCUCUCCCCUGCCUAACCUUGUCCCUGCCAAAGAAGUGGAGCCAGAGGAAGAGAAGUACAACCUGGAGGGCCUGGUGGCUCACCGUGUAGCCGGGGUCCGUACCCAUGCCACAUCACCGGAUGAAGCUGCAGUUCCCACAAGGCGUCGCACCACCAGUGAGGGCCAGUACCAGGAUGGAGGGCCCACCCAGGAUGUCUCAGUCUGCUCCCCGGUGCGCUGCGUCUCCCCAGAGUUUGUCAAUACCAUCGCCCUCAACCCAGGAGGACGACCCAAGGAGGGAAAUGUACACAGUUACAGAGAGGCCUUCGAGGAGAUGGAUGGCUCCCCAGUGAGCCCAACAGGCAGUGCUGGUGGUGAGGCCUUUCCCCAGACCCCUGCCUUCCCUGUGUCACCACAAACCCCUUACCUCAACCUGUGCCGCUCCCCUCCUGGUUUGGCCAAGACACCUCUAUCUGCCCUGGGUCUAAAGCCCCACAACCCAGCUGACAUCCUGAUGCACCACAGUGGAUCAGAACCCCGCAGCUAUGUGGAAUCCGUUGCCCGAACCGCAGCACCAGGAGGGGGAGGAGGAAUAGGAGAACCCCCUGGGUACACCAGCGAAAACCUUGCCAGGCACACGGCCCCCCACCACACCUACAGUGCACCUCUGUCCUCCAGCAGCCCCAUUCACAGCACUGAUGGAAACUACCCGUUGGCUGACAGCAGUUUUAGGACAGGAACUCCCACUCACCCUACAGGGGACUUUCGCGCUCCUGCCCCAGAAAAUACACAUCGCACCCCAAACCCCAUGUACCAGGGCUCAGGCACCAUUACAGGUGGCUAUAUGGGUCCUGACUACAAUCCUUACCAAACAGAAGGUGCCCAGGUCAACAUCAUGGGUGUCCAUACGCUACCUGGAAGCCCCAGUACACUGCGCCGCACAGUGGCCACUAACACACCCCCUAGUCCUGCCCUGCAGCGCAGGAUGGCCAACCAAGGCAGCCCAGGCAUGGGUCGACAUGCACCAAUGGCCAAUGGAGGUGAGCCUGGGAGCACUGGGAGCCCUGUACUGGUCCACCACUCGUCUGCCACCCAAACAACCCCAAGCAGCCCCAGCUUGGACCGGCACCCUAUGCAUAGUGGCUAUACCACUCCAGAUGGACGACAUGGGACGCUGUCCAGACAGAGCAGCUCUUCGGGUCACCACCCACCAUCGACACCCUCCUUCCCUGUUGCACCUGCUGGAUAUCCGGAAGGAGCUGGUUUGCACCAGUCCAGCCCUGUCCCACAGCCCCAGCUCCCAGAGAAGCAACGCACAUCCAGUGGGGAACGGCCCAACGGUGUCCUGUCCUAUGGCACGCUCAAUGGCAAGAUGUCCUCGCCUGUGUCCAGUGGCGGCAGCACACCAAAUACCAGCUUUUCUCACACCUUGCCAGACUUCUCCAAGUACUCCAUGCAUGAUGGGAGUCCGGAGACCAGGCUCAACGUGAAGUUUGUCCAGGACACCUCCAAGUUUUGGUACAAACCAGACAUUUCUCGAGAACAAGCCAUUAAUCUGCUGAAGGACCGAGAACCUGGCACCUUCGUCAUUCGAGACAGUCACUCCUUCCGGGGGGCCUAUGGGCUUGCUAUGAAGGUGGCUUCACCCCCACCAUCAGUGCAGCAGAACAAGAAAGCUGGCGACAACUCAAAUGAGCUGGUGCGACACUUCUUGAUUGAGACAAGUCCCAAAGGAGUGAAGCUGAAGGGAUGCCCCAAUGAACCCUACUUUGGGUCUCUGUCAGCGCUCGUCUACCAGCACUUCAUCACACCACUGGCUCUUCCCUGCACACUGGUCAUCCCCACCAAAGACCUUCAGGAAGAUACUCCAGACAUUGCAACACCCACAAAUGCAGCUGCAGAUCUCCUCAAGCAAGGUGCAGGCCCAAAGGUGCCUGAUGAAUCUCAUGCAUGCAACGUUCUUUACAUCAAUUCUGUGGACAUGGAGUCUCUGACUGGACCACAGGCUGUGGCAAAGGCCAUCACUGAGACCUUGGCAUCUAAUCCCCCGCCCUCUGCUACCAUUGUUCACUUCAAGGUGUCAGCACAGGGCAUCACGCUGACGGACAACCAACGGAAGCUUUUCUUCCGGCGUCACUACCCCAUCAACACAGUCACAUUCUGUGACACUGACCCCCAGGACAGGAAGUGGAACAAAGCAGACGGUGGCUCAGCAAAGUUCUUUGGAUUUGUGGCCCGGAAACAGGGAAGCACAACAGACAACGUCAGUCACCUUUUUGCCGAAUUGGACCCCAAACAGCCCGCCACUGCUAUCGUCAACUUUGUCUCCAAGGUGAUGAUUGGCUCUCAGAAGCGAUGAGUUUCCCCCUAGCUAACAGAUUUGGUUGUUGGAGACUUUAUUCCCACAUUUGUCCAUUUUGAUUUUUUUUUUUUUUUUUUUUGCUACUUGUUUUCCUUUUGUCAUUUUGUUUGUUUUUUGUUGCGGGGGAUUUUGGAAGGACUCGAAGUUGGUCUGAGAUGGGGGAAAGAGCAAGUGCAGCAGGGCCGUGGCAGUGGAGUGCUGGUGGUGGGGAGAUGAACUCAGUCUCUCCUGUAGGGUCAUGAAAAAAGGAUAUAAAAAAAAAAAAACAAAGAGGAGAGUUUGUCAGUGAGCUUUGUGUAAAACAGUGGCAAAAGAAAAAGUAGAACAAAGAUCACAAGACUGAAAUCUAAUGGGCUUUUGGAUUGAUUAACCAAAGACGAGAAAGCAUUCAGGACAAGUGUAAUUUUUGGGUGGUUCAUAUAAAAUGUGUAAAAUAGGGAUUUUGUCACAGACAAAGGUGACAGUAUCAUUUCUAUUUAAGUAUGUUUUUUUCCUACACACCUUGCAUCCAUGUCUCCUUGCAAGGGGUAACCUAAGACAUUUUGCUUAUUAGCUUGGUGAGUACAUUAUAUAUCGUUUCUUCUAAAUCCAGAGCGAAUGAUACUGGGGUUGUCUCGGGUUGCAAAGGUCUGUACCAUACAAAAUGUUUCUCUCCCUCUCAUAAUCAACCAAAUUUCUUCAUAGUUACAUACACUGUGGUCCAAAUUUUUUGAAGGCAACCUUUCUGAAAGGCCGGAUCCAGGCUUGAUUAGUCAAUCCUCGAGCGCAUAGAUUUCAGCUGUGGGUAGGUGGAUUGCUCUUGCCUGUGGACUCGGGACUCCUGAAUGUACUGCAGCUGCAGUGGCUGUAGUCUUGAGCUAGGCCUCGCUCUGCUUCUUGGAGAGGAGGAGAUGGGGAAACUGACGUCAAACAUGGCUUCGUCUGGCUCCACGCACCAAUUUGCUUUGGCUUCCAAUAGUCCAUGGCAAUCUGAUCACACUGGAGGAACCCAGGCCCUGCUGGCUGGGUCAUUGCACUGUCCUGCAUGCCGUAGUACCAAUGUAACCUGCCUACCUGUGCUUCUCAUCACAUGUACAGUACACCUCCCGUGUUUUGCUGUUAGCGAGAGCAGGAGCAAGGAUGCUGUCGGGCAGCCCGAUGGGUAGCUGCACGAGACGCAGAAGUUGCGCACUUCACCCGGGACGGUUCUCGUAAAAAGGAGGCGGAUGUCAGCAGUCACUGAAGCAGCUGCAGCUCCCUUCUGGUCAGAUAGCUUUUUCUUCAGACCCCGGGCUGACUUGUUUCUGCCAAACUCCCUGCUGAAACAGCCAAGGCUCACUUCGCUCUCACCGCAUAUCGGCAGUACACCUGUAUCCGUGUCUGUCGUCUUUGGAGAGAAGAGUUUCUCGUUACACGUCAGAAGGCCUUACUUUACACACACACACACACACACACACACACACACACACACACACGCAUUGUACUGAAAAGUAAGCUAAUUAACAAAUUCCCUCAAUAUAUAUAUAAACUACAAAAAAAAUAGAAAAAAUAUUUAUUUUUUGCUACAUUGCUCUAUGUUAACUCAUAUAUACAUAUAUUGUAUAGUCGACAUAAAGAUUACCUAAUGCAUUGAAAAAAAAUACUCUUUAUUUUGGCUAAGAUUUCAAAGUCAGGAGAUUUUGAAGAGCAUUUAAAUAUAUACAGUAAGGUGUAAAAUGUAUGUAUGUUUAAGCUUUUCACUUAUGUUUUUAUUCUUCUUUUGCACCAUUAUUGUUUGCUUGCAUUGUGUUUUCUUAGUUGGCCUUUAAGGGUCAUAAAUUAAAUUUUAAAAAGUUCCCCAGGUAUGUGGGACAAGGUCUUGAAUGUGGUCAGUCGGUGAAUUUAAAGAGUUCAUCUUAAAAGGUUGGCUUGAGGUUUUUCUGGGUUGUCACAAUGGGCUGCAGCACCUGGGGCUUAUGUAAGCACUUAAGUGGGAUUACGUAUAAAAAGCAGUUUCAGGUUUUUGUAGGGAAACACAAUAAGUCAUAAACUGAUACACUCUUGUUAUGGAUACUAUAUCUCAUGAACAAUAUUAGGAAAACAGAAAAAAAUGCUAGUGGCAAGACAGCAGUUUUUUUGUGUGUUGUACUGCCACCUCAUGUAGAAGUGAGGUAUUACAUCAUCCUUUGCUAUGUCCUACAGUAUAAGGUGAAUUGAUCCCAGUUUGAAAAAAACAAAACAAAAAAAAAAAAAAAAAAAAAAAGCCAAAAAAAAAUAAAUAAAUAAAAGAAACUGCCAACCUUCCCAUUGGACAAUAAUUACUGCAGUGUUUUAGCUGUUAUUUUGCGAAUGCACAAAAUUAUGCACAGUCCAUACUUCCCGCAGACUAAAUUCUACUUGUAUGUUGCAUUGACCUGGUUCCACUGUUUGAGUGGUGUUUUAAUUAACGUUAACAGUCCACUACCUAUGAAAAGGAGUAUCAUCGUAUUGCUUUUUUAUUUUCAUUGUCACAGGAAAAAUAGGUAAUAUUUUUGUCCAGAGUUGGAUUUUGCGGUUUGGCUUUCAAUUAAAAAUUGGAUUAGACACAAAAAGGUGCUAUCCAAAUUGAAAUAGCCAUGCCAUGAUUUUCCAAUUGGGCCCACAUGUAAAUACAUUAUUUUUGCCAAAGAUUUUAAGUAUAUAUUUUUAUUCUUUGUUGAAGAUGUCAGACUAAUAUUGUUUUGUCAUUUUGUGUUAAGGGAAAGUCCUUGUACUGGAGGGAAAAAAUCAUUGUGACUGAAGUUCAUAUUAAUGCAAUAUUUCAUCCCAUUAAUUAAGUAUUCAUUAAUUGUUUACUGUGUGCCUCUGCAGUGGGUUUUAAUUGCAUUUGCUAAUUAGGCCAGUUUUACCCCAUGACUCUAAAGCACUUAAUUCCUAGAUGCUAGAACUGAAAAUGAAUGAAUUAGUUUAACAUUGUUUAGUUAGACAGAGCAAGGCAAAAUAACAAAGCGUACGUACUCAGUCUGAAUUCAUUUUUAUACGCAGAUUUUAUUGAAAGGUGUAUAAUUAGAUGGUUAUAUACAUCUGAGCCACUGAAUGUAGUCCAUUCAGCCCAUUCCAAAUGGUAUUGUGAGUUUUUUGGUAAAGAACAUUGCCACCUUUUCAUAAGCAAAACUGCCAUUUCUUUUCCCUUUAUAUGGUCCCUUAUCAUAGUAGGCUGAAUUAAGUAGUUU